ACCAGUAUCUACCUCAAAUGGCUCACUAGCAAACAUCCGCAAUGGGCAGCGGCCUCAGCACCGCGACCAGCAAGAAGCCCCGGAAGCCAGACUCGCAGGCCGAGUCUUCCCGGGUCUUGUUCCUGUUGUACCUCAUUCAUAGGACUUGGAAUGUACUGGUCGAACAUGUCGACGCUAAAAGCGCUAGGUGGCGCGGCUCCCAAACGGUCCCAAGCUCGCGCCGGUUCGACUCGGCCAGCAUGCCGGAUUCCGACCCCGGAUCCUGUUACUCCUCCUGCAGCUGCAGCUACUGCCAGCUUCGGGAAUGCGCCCAGGAUUGUGUCAGUGAACUAACACUGCUGGAAGGCAUGGCAGGCUGCGGGGGUUGGAGUGAGGAGCCGAUCUCCAAGGAAAAGCAAAGGCCACCGAUCUACAACCCGGAAGACUACGCGACAUCCCUUAAAAAAUGGGGCAAGAAGACUGGCGGCGGCAACUUGUACGAGCUCGAGCAAGAGCCAGGGAAAGCGCGCACGCUACCCAACCAGGGCAGCAAAGACUUCAGAAAUCCAUGCCUCGGCAUGGGCGAAGAGAUGAGCCUGCGGCAAUUCGGGACUCCUAGUGAGCUGCUCACCAAGUUACGAGCUGAUCUGAGACUUUCAUUCCCAAGUUUCGUCCAAGAGUUCGCCUGCGAGCCGCUAGAUGGCGUGACGCUACUACUGGAACUGCUGCGCAACGUGCAGCUCAGCCAAGUGGGGGAGGGGGCGAGGGGCCCGCCCGCCGUGCGGCGGCGCCCGCUGCUUGAUGAAUUAGCUUGCUUGCAAUGCCUCUGGAGUUGCUGCAGCAGAUACCCUGACUGCGUGAGACGGCUGGUGGCUGGCUCCAACGGCGUCUACACGCUGACUGUGUGCAUCAUGUCCACGGUCAACAAGUCCAGGGUGCUGGCGUUGCAGCUGCUCACAAAAUCCUGCUACCCACCCGCCAGCGGCCACGCCGAGGUCUCCGAAGCCCUAUCAACCCUCCGCCUCCGCUACGGCGAGCCAGUCCGCUUCAGGUUCCUCGUAGGGAUGCUCCAAAGCACUGGAGGCUCAGGAGACCUGCAAGCAGCAGGCCUGGCCUUUAUAAAUGCGCUGCUCUGCAGUGCCCCCACUCCGCAGAGGAAGCUGUAUAUACAAGCGGAGUUGGAGCAAGCUGGAUUCGAUAUUAUCACUUUGAAGAAGCUUGUCACAAAGCUGCCAAGUACGAAUGAGCAGGUGACAAAAGAGAUAGAAAGCUACGAGAAACAGUUGAUCGACAUCGACACGCUGAGCGAGAAGGCACAUGAAGCGCAGAGGGAGAAGGACGAUCUCAGACACAAGCUGGACUUGCUCGAGAAAAGGGUUAAGAUUCUUCAAGAGGAAAAAGGAAUCCUGCUGUCAUUAGAGAAGUGUUUGAAGGAAAAGUGCUGCGAGCUUCAAGAAGAGGUGUCAACGUUGCGCUCGGAGCACGGCAACUCCAACCGCAAGAAGACUUACGUGGUCAAGAAAAAAAACACGGUUCACAAAAAUAGAGAUGAGUCAUCACCCCCUGAAGACGAAGGAAUAAGUUCCUCGGAAAGAUCUCUUAGUCCUGAAGGCGAUGCGCAAAGAGAAUCCAUGGUAUACGAGGUAUUUAACGUGAAGAACGAAACUUACGAUAUGAUGAGAAAUAAGCGCAACCUGCACAAGAAAUUAGAGUCCACAAAAAAACAUGACACCCACAAGUCAUCAGAUGACGAAGAAGAAACAACAAUAGAUGAAGUUAUACAGGAACUAAGAAAUAUAGUCAAUGACGCGGAAUCUGAACAAUAUGCUAAAAACAGGACUUAUGACGACAAAUCGUCCAGGUGCAACGAAACUUCUGAAAUCAAUGUUUCCAUUCAUGCCAUGGAAUGCCAAAAGCAUCGACAUCUUGAAAAGGAAGAUUCGAUAACAAGCACAAAACACAGCAUCCAGAUAACGAGUAGUACAGAAUUCUUAAACGAAAGUAAUGAAGACGACGAAGAGACUAAAAUUGUGCCGAGCAAAAUACUCCCGCACCCACCAAGAAAAGCCAAGAGCUUAAUACAUUUACUCGUCCCACCGGCUGACCAGGGUUUGCUUUAUAACAAGCCUCCUGAUUUGUACGACGAUACAUACUUCUCCAGUGACGAAGGCUCAGAUUCCUUGCUCAGCGCCUCGCGCUGUCAAAAUCCCAUAGUGAAGAAACACUCGGUUUCAAGUUUUGAUUUUCACGAAUGCCGAGCUGUUUUCAACUCGAUAGCUGAGAAGGAAAAAGACGAUAAUAGAGUCAAACGUUCUAGAACAAGGUCCAGAGAGGAAAGCAGAAGAACGUCUGUUAAAAGAACGGGGUCAUUUCAAACGUCUGAAAAGGGUUCCAGACAGAGAGAGUACAUUGAUAGCAUGUUUUAUAAUGAAACGAAUAAUUCCCAUAUUGGAACUGGAACACCCCUUCAAAGAUCUAAUUCUAAGUGCAGUCGGGUGGAUGAAAUAGUAAGCUUGAUCGAGUCUAAGAAACUGACUAAAAGCUUGGAUAGGAUCGAUGAAGGAUUAAACUCCAUGGUAGAUAUCGUAAUGAUGGAUGAACCGAAGAAACCAGUGUGGCCUUAUGAGAGGAGACAGCGAUCCUGCUCAAGAACCAGUAGCGAUGCUGGCAAUGAAAGCCCCUUGAUUCCAGUAACGAGAUCGAAUAGCAAAAGAAACGUUCACCCGAGAUACGAUUCAAAAUCCUCGAGCAAAAAGGAUGAGCCAAUCAACAAGCCAGAUUCUCCGCAGAAAUUUUAUCUGCCGCAUCCCAAACUGAGUACUGGGUCCUUUGAAAACGCGUCUUCAUAUAAUAAUUCGUUUCUUAUGAAGCGCGGUCACGUUAACGCAGGGUUUUAUUCUGGGCCCCACAUCAUGAGAGAUGCACCAGCAAGCAUGACUAGUCUAGUAAUGACUGGGACACACAGCCAUUCAGAUUUAAAGCGGACUUUGUCCCCUAUGGGGUCUUCUGGUUAUGGCAUUCACAAGCUGGCAGAUAUGCCUUCAGGAUUAUAUUGAAAUUUCCAUAUUUUAUGCGUACUCAAAACCAACGAUUAUUUUAAGAUUUGUGUACCUACUUUGACUAGUGCAAUAUAUACCCGUAUUGGGAGUGUCGUUUAAGAGCUCUCGAUGUAUAAUGUAAAGUAAGUCUUGCGAUUUAGUGGAAUCUUAGUAAUUUUGUAUGUAAGCAAAAUUGGCUUAAGAUCACAAAAUUUUCAUUGCGAUCAAAUUGUUUGUAACAUGUUUCUUUCUUUGUAUAUUUCUCAAAAUUAUUCAGAUACUUCUGAAAUCUUUGGAUAUUUAUCUAUUUUCUUUAUGGUUUCUUUAAUUUACUUAUUUUUAAGUUAAGGUUAUUGCUAUGUUAACAUUAACAUAUUAAAAGUGUUUGAUGAAA